AUGGCUCACUUUGCACAGGUCAUGGCUGAAGUGGGCGACUUUGGUCGCUUCCAGGUACAGGUGACCAUCCUGAUGGGCAUCCCCAACUUCCUGUCUGCAUUCUUCGUGUUUAGUCAGAUCUUCAUGGUCCUUGAUGAGGCUCACCACUGUUCAGUGUCCUGGGUCAAGAACCACACUUUCAACCUAAGUGCUGCUGAGCAGCUGGCAGUCAGCAUACCCAACGACACGGCAGGCAGACCUGAGUCCUGCCUCAUGUUCCGGCCCCCUCCUGACAAUGCCAGCCUGGAAGACAUCCUCAGCCACCGCUUCAAUGAGACCCAGGCCUGUGAUUCCGGCUGGGACUAUCCUGAGAACAAGCCUCAGUCCCUGAAGAAUGAGUUUGACCUGGUGUGUGAUCGGAAGAGCCUGAAGAGGACUUCACAGUCAGUGUUCAUGGCUGGACUCCUCGUUGGGGCCCUCAUCUUUGGGCCCAUUUGCGAUCGGAUUGGCCGAAGAGCCAGCAUUCUGCUGCAGCUGUUUUUGUCAGGCCUCAUAGGCGUGGCCACAGCCUUUGUGCCCAGCUUCGAGCUCUACAUGGUUCUGUGCUUUAUCUCGGCUACUGCUGUUGCUGGAUAUAUGAUGAGCACCAUGAUCUUUGUUUCAGAAUGGGUGGGGCCGUCCUGGAGAACAAAAGCCAUGGUCCUGGCCCAGAGCAGCUUUGCCAUGGGACUGAUGGUGCUAGCAGGCCUGGCCUAUGGUGUCCGCAACUGGAGAGUCCUUCAGCUAGCAGGCACCACACCAGUCUUCUUGCUUGUCUUCUACUUCUGGGUUUUGCCAGAAUCUCCACGGUGGCUCCUCUCCCAAGGGAAGAUAGAGGAGGUCAAACAGCUGGUCCAGAAGGCAGCUUCAGUGAACAGGCGGCCACUUUCUCCAGAGCUCCUGAGCCAGCUGGCUCCUGAGAAGUCAGGCCCCUCAGGGAACGCCCUGGAUCUUUUCAGACACCCCUGUCUCAGGAAGGUGACCCUGAUUCUCAUUGCUGUCUGGUUUGUGGACAGUUUGGUGUACUAUGGCCUCGGCUUCCAAGUGGGGGACUUUGGCCUUGACAUCUACCUGACACAGCUAAUAUUUGGGGCAGUGGAGUUGCCUGCCCGCUAUUCCAGCAUCUUCAUGAUGGAGAAGCUGGGUCGCAAGUGGAGCCAGUUAGGUUCUCUGACUCUGGCAGGUGUCAUGUGCGUCGUCAUCAUCUUCAUCCCAGCAGGUCUCCCCACAGUGGUCACUGUGCUGGCCGUGGUGGGGAAGUUUGCCUCAUCCGCUGCCUUCACCAUAUCCUAUGUGUACACUACUGAGCUCUUUCCCACCAUCAUCAGGCAAACAGGCAUGGGGUUGGUGAGCAUCUUCUCUAGGAUUGGUGGCAUCAUCUCACCGCUUGUGAUGCUGCUGGAACAGUACCACAGGGCGCUCCCCAUGCUCAUCUUUGGCAGCCUCCCGAUAGGGGCAGGCCUACUGUGUGCUCUUCUGCCCGAGACACGGGGCCAGAUGCUGAAGGACACCAUCCAGGACCUGGAGCAGGGGUGCCCCUCACGGUGAGCAUUGACUUCUGGACCUCACAUCAGGAGUCCUCUCCCUAGGGCCAGGCCUCCCCAUCACCAUUAUUGCUUAUUGGGCAACAUAGUGCCCCUUCGUGCCACAGAUUCAUGUUGUAGGUCAUUUUCCUCCUACAGAUGAUGAUAGGAAUUCAUCCGAGGAUCCUGUGCUGGGCUACUGCUGACUUCUUUCUUCCCUUGCAGAUCUUCAGUGGCAUAGUCUCCUGAGAAAGAAAUGGUGGUUAAAGGAAGAAGUUCUAUCCUCAGGGUUCCAAUCGGCCAUCCUCCUCCCAACUGUGGUUGUUAAGGGCUUGUUCAUUUACAGCAACAGAUCACACAGUGGACACUGCUGGGGCCUGUUUUGAGGGAGUGACGAGCCCAGCUUGUUGGUCAGAACCAGCCUCUCUCUUUCUCUGAAAUAUUGUCAGUGCCAUGUUUGAAUUAGGAUCCUCGGUGUGUCUUUGUCUUUGCCUUUUGGAUUGUGUCUUUGCCAUGUCUUGGUGAGCAGGAUCACAGAGGAAGGAGUGUCUGCGGAUAUAAGAUAUCACAGCACAAGCCAGAGCUUGGGGAAGCACCAGGAACAACAGUCUUCUCCUUGUUCCCACCUCUUAAACCUCACACUGGGAUUCACAUUGUCAUACCUGGGGCCAGUGUCAAUGCAAACCCUUGGAGAACACUGUGAAACUAUUUCCAGAGCAUCACAGAUUCUUUGAGAAACUUCCUCCUUCACACUUGGUCACCUUCUCCUGUCAGGGUGGGUGUGCGCAGGGCUGGACCUGUGCUCUGUGCAUCCAGUCAUGGCUGUUUCGUACUGUUCUCUUGAAAUCAUAGCCAAACAUGUUCUUCAGCUUCCUACCAUUAUCAUACUG